AUGCGGGCAAGCAGAAAGGAGACGUCGGCGGGCGGGCAACGGCACGAGGGCCGCCCGGACCAGAAAGACCAAUGCCAUGCGGGCGGACAUCAUUACCACCGGGAGAGCCGCAACAACUUCCACAAGUCGUACGAUCGCAGCUGGGAAAAGUGGGAGAAGUUCCGCGAGAAGAAGAUGGAGAUGAUGAAGGCCCACAAGUACAACGUGGAGCACCGGCUGAAGUACGACAACCAGGAGCGCAUCCUCUACCGGCACCAUUUCAACUACUACCCGGUGAAGCGGCCCCGACCGCGAAAAACCUCCCUCGAGCCCAACUGGUACACGGAGAACAUCUACUCGAACCAAUCCAUCGACAACUCGGACGGCGAGCUGGGCGUGGGCUUCCAGCGCCCGAUGCCGCAUCUGGCGGCCGGUGCAUCGGGCGGGCGGGAUAUCAACGGUAACAUGAGCAUGGCCGGGCUGGAGGACGACGGCAUCUUCACCAUCGAUGGCCAUUUCGAGCGGCGGCACAACUAUCCCAAAUCGAACAGCUGCUGCUUCGGCGUUAACCGCAUGCGGGACAUCGACGAGCUCGGCGAUGGGUUGGAGCGCGACGGUUGGACUGAGCGUUACCCGAAGAUACCGAAGUCGUACUCGUUCAGCACGUCGCGCAGCAUGGGCGUCGGGUUCAACAUGGCGAAGCUGUACAACCGCAACAGCUUCGAGAUGCCGGAAUUCCCCGGUCAUCGGCGCCGCCACCCGGAAGGUGGCCGCACGGUCGUGCGGCUGUGCGACCGCGAGGGUUGCUUCAACGAGACGUGCUUCAGCAAGGACGAGAAGAACUUUUACAAUAACAAUAGCAACAUCAUUAGCGAAUGGAAUCUGCGGAAUCGGAAUAAUCUGCGGAUCGGUGCUGGCGGUGUGGGUGAUGCUAUUGCACCACGGCCACAGUACGUCAUGGAGGAGGACUUCGAUCUGUUCGACGAGGACGAAGAUGAUGGGGAGGACGAGGAGGCCACCGAUCGGGAUGAUCAGGAGGAAAUGGAGAGUGAUCUGAACACGCUUUACGCCGAGGAUCGGCAUUCGAUCGCCUGCGGUGACUAUGGUGGAGUGGCCCGCGAACUGUACGGCCAUCCAUCACGGGCCGGUACGGGCCCUGGGACCGAUUUGUAUCGGGGGCAACGGUCGAAACAGUUGCACCGUGGGCGGCUCGAUCGCGCUGCGAAGUACGCGGACGCGGAGUACACGGACAACUACAGACGAUCGUUUGAGGAUUUCUUCAACCAGAACUGCUGCAUCGAGCGGAACCAUCGGCAGCUGCGCGACGCUGGACGCUUACUGCUGAAAGCCCCCGGUACGCCACCGAAGAACAAGAGCAUGCUGGAGGUAAAGCCCCCGAAUCGCUUCGAUGACACCUCCUCCGACUCAACCGAUCUGGAGCUGGAUGAUUUUAACUUCGACUUUGAGAAGUAUUGGGAGGAGCUGGAGAAGCCGUCGCCAACGUCACCGAGCGAGCUGGAGGAGCGCAAGAAUGCGGGCCGGAGUGCGAUGUCCGGUGGGACGGCGGCCCCCACCAAGAAGGUGAAGAACGUCAAUCUCAGCCGGUGCUACAACAACGGGACGGUCAUCGACAUCUACCACGAUGAUGAUCCGUACCAUCGGGACCACUACCACUACCGGGAGGGUGGCAUCGGCAAGGCGAACAACCACAGCCACCGGCAUCGCGCCAACACGGCGGCGAGGAGUAAAGGAGCACGGCACAAGGUGUACCCGGCGGAACGGGACAAGCGGCUGGCAGAGGACUCCGGCCAUCUUUCCGACAAGGGACCGGCCACGCAUGAGCCGAACAGUGCCAAGACGCUGGACGCGUCCGGUAACACGCUAGGCGGCAACAGCAAUGCGAUCAGCUUCCUCAACAACAUCUUCUCGAUCUACAAGCCGAACAAGUACUCGCCGCUAAACUGUCACGUCGAGCAGAACUACCUGAAGAACAUCCCGGCGAAAAAGAUGAACAUUGUGGCAAGUUCGGCCAGCCGACCGCUGGGGACGGGCAGCGACCAGACCCGGCGCACCACCGGCGGCGAUCCAUCCUCCACCAAGCGCCCGCUGACGGUACACCCGAGCAAGCUGUCCGUUGCAUCGGUGGCAACGGCGGCGAGACGUAACGCGGCCCGCCAACCGCAGCCCACCAAGGACCCGCAGGCACGGUUCCAGAUCAUACCGGAGAAGACGGGCGUGAAGAUCUCGCCCCUGUACCGGCUGGAUGCGCAGGACUACAGGCGGGCGCGCUAUAAACUGAAGAGCACCUCCCGGCCCCUGUCAUUCUGGUGAAAAUUGCUCGACUGUUCGUACUAUUCGGAUGGCCGGCUGGACGGAUUGCCGGUGGUGAAGAAGACGCGCCGACACACCAAGUAUCUCA